CUACCAUUUUGGAUAUAGGUAGGGUUCCUCAAAUGCCAUUACCAAAUGCAGAUGACAUAGAUAUUGGUAAUGGUGAUUUAUCUCCAGAGUGGGGUGUAGAUCUUGCUUUUACGACUGCACAAAUUAAUUAUGGUCCAUGGACCGACAGACAAAGGACCGUUCUCCAGAAUUUUUUUUUUCCUCCGUUAUAUCGAAAUUCUGAACCAACAAGAAAACUUUCACCUGGACAAACUAGAUUGCAUACUUCAUUUAAAGUUUUGGUUCAGUUUAAUGAUCCAGUAACACUUAGAGUUCCUUUAAGAGAAACUUCAAAGGACUGGAAGUAUUCUCAGAAUGACAACCAAGAAGAAUUUCAAGUACCUGGUAAUCAGAGACAAUAUGGGUGGUUAGAAAUUAAUGCUAGUGGUGAAUCUACUAUUAGUAUGACAGUGCCUAUGGUGAUGAAUGACAAAGGAUACUCAAAUAAUUUAGUGAUUCGUCUUGAGGAUGUUGACAUGCAAACAAGC